CGUCUAACAUGCGUUUUUUUACCGCCACCCGCCGUGGGAAUUGUCUCCGCCAUGGAGCUGCGCGCGGCCCAUGCUUCGGAGCUGCCAGAGUUGUUGCGACUCCACCGGGCGGCCUUUGGGGAGGAGGGCGCGGUGAUCGCAAAGCUGGUGGAGGAGUUCCAGCAGGACGGCUCCGGCCAGCUUCUGUCCCUCGUUGCCAGCGAAGAUGGGCUCUUGGGCCAUGUGAUCUUCAGCCAGAUCCAGCUGGCGCACCUGCGCGCCGCCAUCCUGGCGCCCCUCGCCGUGCUCCCCAAGCGGCAGAAACAAGGCGUCGGCUCCCAACUGGUGAAACGCGGAUUGGAGCAGCUCCAAAAGGACGGGCUGGAGCUUGUAUUUGUCUUCGGAAAUCCAGGCUAUUAUUCCAGAUUCGGCUUUCGGCCCGCGCUAGAGCACGGGUUUGAGCCCGCUCAUCCCAUCAAGGCUGAGCAUGAGGCUGGCUGGAUGGUCCUCUUUUUCAAGGAGAGCGCCGGUGAUGGCGUCAAGGGCAAGGUGCAAUGUGCAGGCCCACUGGACAAAGCUGAGCUUUGGUGACAGCGCUUGUGGUUUGUGGCAUUUUGCGAGAGUCGAGGAGAUGGGUUAUGCCGCGCUUGGGUGAGCAACCGCGAGAAACCGUCAACGGGGGUCAAGCAGAAGACUCUGUGGCCGACGCUUCGUAGAAUUCAGAGCACCAGAAGCUGCAGAGCUUGUCGCGGCGAAAGCAUGGCCUGACG